UGAUAUCAGAAAAAACUUAUAUCACCCAUUGUCAUUUUUAAAGCCUUUAAAGUAUGUUUUCUUUCUUUGGUAGAGUCAUACUAACUGUUUCUCUCAGUUUGCUAAGCUGCAGUUUUCUGUUUCUAGCUUCAAAAAUUAUUUUACGGAUCAGAUGACAAACAAUCUCCUUAUAGACCAGGUAUUUAAAGACACAUCAGCGUCUCCCUGAAGCCAGAAUGAGUCCACCACUGCUCCUUUAAAAAACUUAGACAGCUCAGGGGACAGGUCCAAAAUCACCAUAAUCAUGUACCAUCAAAUACAGUAGGAUGUUGCCUCCUCCUCCAUCCUACUGCUCCAAGUAGGAAGACAGAGCCAAAGAAAUCUGUAUAAAUCAGCUGGCCAGACGCGUCACUGCAACAUCACGUGACACUUCUGAGGAAGGCAGCAGUGUGCAGCCGAAACUGUCAAGACAGUGAUCAGCACCCCUGGGUACUCAACACUUGAGACCAUCUCAACAGCUGCCCCAGAUUGAUGCAGAGAACAAAAACAAAACAGAAGCCACGAGUUUGUAACUCUCCACGAAAAACCCACCUCAACCUGAGUAGACCUGUUUUGAAAACCAAAACAAGGACGAUCAACGCCAGGAUAAAUGGAGAGAAAUAAGAAAACCAUUCUGCUAAUUCUUCCUCUCCUACUGAUUCAUGCCUGUGUCGUCAAACAGGAGGAGCCAUGUCCCAGCCAGCCUGAUAAAAAUCUGUCCUGCUAUAAUAACUACAAUAACACCCUCACCUGUGAGUGGAACAGCAUGAACGAGUCUGACCAAAUGUGCACGAUAUACGCCAGAAAAGGACCUGAUUUUUAUUUCAGCUCCUCCUGUGACCUGAAGCCUGUGGACAUCUCAAAACCAGGACCAAGGAAGUGCACCAUGAUGUUCGAAGAUGAAGCAGUUUUUCAGAGCUUCAUUGUGGUGCCCAUCAAUCUUAUCUGUAACCCAGGGAGGGGUUUGGUCUCCAGUAUUUCCCACAGACCAGCUUGUCACAUAAAGCUGGAUCCUCCACAAAGACCAAAAAUCAACUCCAGCACCGUGUCCUGGUUCCCUCCUGGCAACAAGAGAAAAAGCAGAAUCCGUUUGCACAGCUUCCAGCUGCAGUGGAAACACAAGGAUCAGUCAUGGGAGGAUGCCUUUCAGCAGAAAAGUCAAAAUCUGACUAAGAAUUGCACAUGGGACUGUGAAACAAAGCUGCAAGCUGAUUGGUUGAUACAAGGCGAGGAGUACGAGUUCCGGGUUCGAGUGAUGGGAAUUGGAAAAAAUCUCCAUUCAGUAUGGAGCGACUGGAGCGUUCCUGAAUCACUGGUGUCACCUGUUGGACAACCAAAACCAACACCAGAUCAUUCUACAGUUAUCUUUGGCACUGCUGUAUGUGCAGUAGUGAUCACUGCUGCCCUGGCUGUCAUAUAUUUAAAACAAAACAAAACAAUCUGGAUUUAUAUGAUGAUGAAAUUUAAAAGUCAGCCCAUACCAAACCCUGCAAAGUCCUUCCUGAAGGAUGCCAAUUUUCAAAACCAUCUGAGCCCGACCUUCACCCUCCUCAAUCCACUGAAGGUCACCUCUGUAGAGAUCACCUCCCCUGUGGAUGCUGUCACCCCUUACAGGCCAGAGGCAGUACUGCUGGAGAAAAUUAGAGUUCAAAGCUGCUACGACUCAACCAGUUCUGGCUUCUCCAACCCCAGUCAUGCCCACCUGUGUCCAUCUCCUCCUUCUUUCCCCUCGCCCACCAUGGGGAGUCUGACUCCCUGUGCUGCUGAUACACCGUAUGGGCCUGUUUGUAGUGACACUGAGGUUAAAGAGGCAGAGGAGAGGAAGGAAGUGAAAGUGAAUGAGGCGGAAAUCCUUGAAUUGCUCUCAAAAGGUAGCAAUAAAAGCAAACCCGGGCUUGAAAUUUCUGACUAUGAGAAGGUUGAGAAACUCCAGGUCGAACGCUCCAGGCUGCAGAGUUUAGAUUCAGGCGUGUGCAGCGGCGAGGAGGUCAGUCAGGAGAGCUUGGAGGCUGAUGGCAUCAAUGUGACUGAGAGCAUUGAUGAAGAGGAGGAGGAGGAAAGUAAAGCAGAAGGAGUUUUUCAGAGGUUGUUUGGAGAUGGUGGGAAUGUUUUCAGUAAGGGCUCCAUUCAGGUUUCCUCUGAGUAUGAGCGAGUCCCAACACUGCCGUCUGACACCACUGAGGAGCUGGUCAGUAGCAGCGAGAAGGAGGAGCAAUUCAGUCAUGAGGAGAGCCUGGAGGAUGAGGACAAGUCCACCGUCCUGGCUCCUCCAAGCUCCGACUCAUCAUUGAACUUUACUGGACCUGCUUUUAGUCCAGCUCUGCAACCUCAGCAAUGUAGUCUACUGGACAAGUUGGCACUGAUGUCAACCAGCAGAUCUGUGGCGCCAUCUGGAGACGGAUACAUGCCUGUAGAGCAGAGCUGAAUAAGAGACACUGGACAGUCUGGUCAACAGAGGAUUUUUUAUCUGCAAUAGCAUCUUUCUCUUUGUGUUUGAGCGCAAGGGAUAACCAAUUUUUUUUUUUUUUUUUUACAUUUUUGAUACCAUGUGCCUGUAUAUUUUCUGUUGGUGUCUGGUGUGUUUCCCAGUGAGAUCAAUCAAAAAUUACUAGCAAAACAUAAAACACUUAGCAUACAGUGCUCAACAAAUUUAUUAGACCACCCUAACCCUAACCAAAGUAAGGUUUAUGC